AAAUGUAACAGAACAGGGACACUUGUGGAAUUUUAGUUAAGCUCACUCUGUCUCCGUCCGUCAAUUCUUCUCCAGUGAAACGGGUCAAACAUUUCCGGCCACCGGGGAAGGCGAUUCUUCUCGCCGGAGAACUGAACUUUGUUCUGCCGAUAUCGUUUUCGGCUCUACCGCAUUCAAAUGCUACAUCUUUGAGAAGGAAAGAGAAAUAGAAAGUUCAGAUGGUUCCAAUAACAAGCUGUUUCUGUGUAGCAAUAGUUGCACUGAGUCUGUUCUCGACGCUAUCAGAAUCAGCAUCUCAAGCCUAUCGUAGAGAUCCUGGUCACCAACAGUGGCACCAUGGAGCUUUUCAAGACGUUAAAGAAAACGUUCGAUCGGAAGUUCGUCAAAUGCUUCAUUCUCGUGCCGAGGUUCCAUUUCAAGUCCCUCUGGAAGUCAACAUAGUUCUUGUUGGUUUUAGUGGUGAUGGGGGUUAUAGGUACGCAUUAGAUUCUCCAAAGCUGGAGGAGUUUCUGAAAGUCAGUUUCCCAUCUCAUAGACCCUCGUGUUUGGAGACAGGCCAACCACUUGAUAUUGAGCAUCACUUAGUAUAUAAUACAUUUCCGGCUGGACAGCCAGAACUAAUAGCUUUGGAGAAAGCACUUAAGGCAGCAAUGGUGCCUGCUGGAAAUGCAAGAGAGACUGAUUUUGGAAGAGAAGUUCCCCUUUUUGAAGUUGAGGCAACUGCCGUGGAACCAGAAUUUCAGAAACUUUAUUCUUACCUAUUUGAUCUUGAAAGUUGGGGGCAGUCUGCUGAAGAGAUGGAUAGACCAUGGCCUACUGUAAUCUUUAUUGUUAACUUUGAUAAGGUAAGAUUGGAUCCAAGGAACACGGACAUUGACCUGGACAGUUUAAUGUAUGGAAGAAUUACACAACUUAACGAGGAAGAGAUGAAAAAACAAGAAGGAGAUUACAUAUAUCGCUAUCGUUAUAAUGGAGGGGGAGCUUCUCAGGUUUGGCUUGGGUCUGGCAGGUUUGUUGUGGUUGACCUCUCAGCAGGUCCUUGCACUUAUGGAAAGAUUGAAACUGAAGAAGGAAGCAUUAGUUCCAGAUCAUUGCCGCGUUUGCGGAACGUUGUGCUUCACAAAGGAUCAGGUGUAGUAACUGAGCAUGCUGCUGAUGAUAUUUUUGUUGGGCAGCUUGCCUCUCUAGUUGCAACCACCAUUGAACAUGUCAUAGCUCCGGAUGUUAGGUUUGAAACUGUUGAUAUGACAACAAGGUUGCUUAUCCCUAUCAUUGUCCUUCAAAAUCAUAAUCGCUUCAAUAUCAUGACAAAGGGCUAUAACUAUAGUCUUGACGUUGGAGCAAUUGAAGCGGAGGUGAAGAAAAUGCUUCACAAAGAACAGGAAGUAGUAAUGAUUGGAGGUUCACAUGCUUUGCAUCGCCAUGAGAAAUUGGCUAUAGCUGUUUCAAAAGCCAUGCGGGGUCAUUCCCUUCAAGAAACAAAGAAGGAUGGACGUUUCCAUGUACAUACAAAGACAUAUCUUGAUGGUGCGAUCCUUAGAGAGGAGAUGGAACGAUCCGCAGAUGUGCUAGCUGCUGGUUUACUUGAGGUUUCUGACCCUUCACUCUCAAGUAAAUUUUUUCUCCGCCAGCACUGGAUGGAUGAGAAUGAUGGUACAAGUGAUUCCGUAUUAAAGCAUAAACCUAUCUGGUCUACUUAUAACCAGAAUCGAAAGAAGGAGAAGAAAAGAGCAGUAAAAAAGAAGCAAGGUGAUCUGCACCGCACAUAUGGUACCAGAGUCAUUCCAGUGUUUGUUCUAUCUUUAGCUGAUGUGGAUGAACAUCUUAUGAUGGAAGAGGAAAGUCUUGUUUGGACAAGUAAAGAUGUAGUUAUUGUACUCCAACAUCAGAAUGAUAAGAUAACUUUGAGCUAUGUUUCAGAAAUAGAGCGAAGGCAUGCUAUUCCAAUGCUAGCCCAACAACAUAUAUUGGCAGGACUGGCUUCUGUUGUGGGUGGGUUGAGUGCUCCAUAUGAAAAGGCUUCUCAUGUGCAUGAAAGGCCUGUUGUAAAUUGGCUCUGGGCAACUGGUUGCCACCCAUUUGGACCAUUCUCUAACACUUCACAAGUCAGUCAAUUGCUCAAGGAUGUCGCCCUGAGGAACACAAUAUAUGCACGUGUCGAUUCAGCCCUUCACCGGAUCAGGGAGACAUCAGAGGCUGUACAAGUUUUUGCUGCAGAACAUCUGAAAACUCCUCUUGGUGAGCCUGUGAAGGGUAAAAAGAACAAAACAAGCACUGACUUAUGGCUGGAGAAGUUCUAUAAAAAGACUACCAACUUGCCUGAACCAUUCCCCCAUGAGUUGGUUGAUCGUCUCGAAAAAUAUUUGGAUAACCUUGAGGAACAACUCGUAGAAUUGUCUUCCCUACUGUAUGAUCAUCGCUUGCAAGAAGCACACUCAAACAGCUCAGAUAUCCUGCAAAGCUCCAUUUUCACUCAACAGUAUGUGGAACAUAUUUUGGCUUCUGAGAGAGAGAAAAUGAAAUGCUGCAGUAUUGAAUACAAGCUUCCUGUGCAGUCUUCUCAGAAUUUAGUUUACGCUGGUAUUCUAUUAGCUGGAUUUUUCGUGUAUUUCGUUGUAAUCUUCUUUUCAUCUCCAGUACGUUAAUUUCACGAAGAAUUCCUAUUAUUAGUUCACAUAAAAUUUUCAAGGAAAUAGUAAGAUAAAAUAUGAUCAAGAUUUUGUGCCAAUAUUUCAUCAAAGACGUUUUGCCAAUGUUA